UAAUUUACCUUGUCCUAUAAAAAGAUAUCACAUAAUGGCUCAAAGAGAGACGAGGAAGCAAAUCGUUCUCGAACAAUUAUACUCUGAUAUUCUCAAGCAGGCUCGUACGGAAGAACAUCAGAGUUGUGACUCAAAAUUUUACGAAUCGUGUUUUUCAUAUAAUUUCAAAGAUGAAGAAGAUGGUGAAAUCUUCGACCUGUAUGCAAGCCGAGAAACAGAUCAAGUCAAAAGUCGUAGUCACCACAAUUAUCCACCUCUCUCGAUCAAACUUAUCCCACCAUCUCCAACAUUUCGCUCAAGGGAAUAUAGAAACCACUAUGCAAGUUUUUCUCACGAACAGCAUUCUGUUCUUAUAGAAAACGAUAUUUAUUCAGGCAUUAAAGCAGAAGAGGAGAACGUAAACGAAAACAGUGUUCCUGUAUAUAGCCACACAGAACCAUAUUCAAGUAAAACGCAUGUUCAGCAUCGUAAGCGACAAGUGGUAGAAGCAGCAAGUGUUAUACUCCAUAUGGCUGAAUCAGAAAAUAUGCCGAAAGAGAUAAAGCAAAAACACAGAAUAUCGUGCGACUUAUUCACUUCCUCCGAUUUUACCGAUCUAAAUCAGUCUUGCAUUUUGAACGAUGGUAUAUUAUAUUGUCGUGAUUGUGAUAAAGAAAUUUUACAGGGUGGUGUUCGGUGUAGGAUUGGGGAAGAUACUGCUUUUUUCCAUCGAGAUUGUUUCACCUGCUCACACUAUAACAGUUUUCUAUGUAGAACAGAAUAAUACUUCUUAUGUCACUUAUCUCACAUAUCAUAUUUUACACGUCCUUAUUCUAUUCCUGAUUUCAUGUAAUUACUUCUAUACCUGAACAGUAUGCUCUUCACAAUUGCUC